AACUACAUUCCACCUGCCUACCCACCUCCCUACUAUGAAGAUCCGGGGCUCAUAAGGAAUAUACCGCAGCCCAGUCUGCCUCGAAGAGCUGGAUCCGAGUUCCAUUCGGGAGUGAUGACGAAACUGGAGAAGAUGUUUUAUCAUGACGUUCAUCCCCCAACAUAUUAUGGGAUUAAAAUACUAAGCCGAAUGCGGCCCUCGUUGAGUGUCCCGAAAACAAAAGAGUUUAUCGACGAAAAUCCUAUGGAAGUGCGUUUGCUCGACGAUGUUGAACCGACAUACUAUGGCGGUUAUCCGUAUGGCAGUUAUUCGUAUGGCGGUUAUCCGUAUGGCUACACCAACCCUGUCGGCACAGGGUCACCGUGGGCGAUUGGCGGUGGCCUCGUUGGGAACGUUAUAUCGUUUCUUGUCGGA